CCUAUAUAAGGCUCCCAGUCGGCGCUCCCGGUACACGCGCUUCAACUUCGGUUGGUGUGUGUCGAAGAAACCUGACUGCGACCUGGGGAGAACAGCGAAGAGGGUCCACCGAGCCUCGAGAAAGGUCCGCUGAGCGGGCUCGCGUCCGGAGCCACUCCGGGCUGCAGAGCACCCAGCGGAACCCACGCCUGGCGCAGGUGUGGGACCCCGUCCUCCUGUCUUCGCAGAGGAGUCCUCGCGUGGUGAGUAUGCGAAACAAAAAGCUUUUGAAAACAAAAAGAAGAAAGGGUGGAAGAGGAGGCCAGGAUCCGGGCCUCCAUCCCCACAGGAGCGAAGCUACAUCUGGGAGGUCUCCUCCCACUCCAGCUCUCACCCUGGGGCCCGACUGCCCACCUCCUCCUCCUCCUCCUCCCCCCAACGGCCCCUCCUCCUCCUCUUCCUCUUGCUCCUCCUCCUCUUCCUCUUCUUCCUCCUCACGCAGCGCCCAAAGGGGCCAAUACAUCCCCAACCUGGCCGAACGAAGGCGGGACGAUCUCUCUGAAGAGAUCAACAACCUCCGAGAGAAGGUCAUGAAGCAGUCCGAGGAGAACAACAACCUGCAGAACCAGGUGCAGAAACUCACAGAGGAGAACACCUCCCUCCGUGAGCAAGUGGAGCCCCCCCCUCAGGAUGAGGAGGAUGACCUCGAGCUCCGCGGUGCUGCGGCGGCGGCUGCCCCACCCACUCCCCUAGAGGAAGAGUGCCCAGAUGACCUUCCUGAGAAGUUCGACGGCAACCCGGACAUGCUGGUUCCUUUCAUGGCGCAGUGCCAGCUCUUCAUGGAGAAAAGCACCAGAGAUUUCUCAGUCGACCGCGUCCGCGUCUGCUUCGUGACCAGCAUGAUGACCGGCCGCGCCGCCCGCUGGGCCUCCGCGAAGCUGGAGCGAUCCCACUACCUGAUGCACAACUACCCAGCCUUCAUGACUGAAAUGAAGCACGUCUUCGAAGACCCCCAGAGGCGAGAGGCCGCCAAACGCAAGAUCAGACGUCUGCGCCAGGGCAUGGGGUCGGUCAUCGACUACUCCAACGCCUUCCAGAUGAUUGCGCAGGACCUGGAUUGGAACGAGCCUGCCCUGAUCGACCAGUACCACGAGGGCCUCAGCGACCACAUUCAGGCAGAGCUGUCCCGCCUCGAAGUGGCCAAGUCUCUGUCGGCGCUGAUCGGCCAGUGCAUCCACAUCGAGAGAAGGCUGGCCAGAGCUGCCGCCGCUCGCAAGCCGCGCUCCCCGCCGCGCGCGCUGGUGUUGCCGCACAUCACGAGCCACCACCAGGUAGAUCCCACCGAGCCCGUGGGCGGCGCCCGCAUGCGCCUGACCCAGGAGGAGAAAGAAAGACGCAGAAAGCUGAACCUCUGCCUCUACUGCGGAAAUGGAGGUCACUACGCCGACAACUGUCCUGCCAAGGCCUCAAAGGCUUCGCGCGGGAAACUCCCCGGCCCCGCUGUAGAGGGACCUUCAGCGACCGGGCCAGAAUUAAUAAGGUCCCCACAAGAUGAUGCUUCAUCUCCACACUUGCAAGUGAUGCUCCAGAUUCAUCUCCCGGGCAGACACACCCUGUUCGUCCGAGCCAUGAUCGAUUCUGGUGCUUCUGGCAACUUCAUCGAUCACGAAUAUGUUGCCCAAAACGGAAUUCCUCUGAGGGUCAAGGACUGGCCGAUACUGGUAGAAGCGAUUGAUGGACGCCCCAUAGCAUCGGGCCCAGUUGUCCACGAAACGCACGACCUGAUAGUCGACCUGGGAGAUCACCGCGAGGUGCUGUCAUUCGAUGUGACUCAGUCUCCGUUCUUCCCCGUCGUCCUCGGGGUGCGCUGGCUGAGCACACACGAUCCCAACAUCACAUGGAGCACCCGAUCAAUCGUCUUUGAUUCUGAAUAUUGCCGAUACCACUGCCGGAUGUAUUCCCCAAUACCUCCGUCGCUCCCACCACCGGCACAGCCGUCGUUUUACUACCCGGUGGAUGGAUACAGAGUUUACCAGCCAGUGAGGUAUUACUAUGUCCAGAAUGUGUACACUCCAGUGGACGAAAACGUCUACCCGGAUCACCGCCUGGUUGAUCCUACCAUCGAAAUGAUACCUGGAGCCCACAGUAUUCCCAGCGGACACGUGUACUCACUGUCUGAACCCGAAAUGGCAGCCCUGCGAGAUUUUGUGGCCAGAAACGUGAAAGACGGGCUGAUUACUCCAACAAUCGCCCCGAAUGGAGCCCAAGUUCUCCAGGUGAAGAGGGGAUGGAAACUGCAAGUCUCCUACGACUGCCGAGCUCCCAACAGCUUCACCAUUCAGAAUCAGUAUCCUCGACUCUCUAUUCCAAAUUUGGAUGACCAGGCUCACCUGGCAACGUACACUGAAUACGUACCUCAACUACCUGGAUACCAGACGUACCCCACAUACACCACGUACCCGACCUACCCAGUAGGAUUCGCCUGGUACCCAGUGGGGCGAGAUGGACAUGGACGAUCGCUCUAUGUCCCCGUGAUGAUCACCUGGAACCCACAUUGGUACCGCCAGCCUCCGGUACCCCAGUAUCCGCCGCCGCAGCCGCCGCCGCCUCCUCCGCCGCCGCCGCCGCCGCCGUCUUACAGCACCAUGUAGACACUUGUCAUGUCCUUCAGGAUCUCUACCCUCAAAUUUACUCCUGCUCAGCUUCUCAAUCAGUGACUGUGUGCUAAACUCGGCUACUGCAUCUUCAGGCCAACCUGAGGCACAGCCCUCUCUGAAAUGGCUACGGAAAGGUCAGGGCCACCCUGGACUGGCACACAUCCUAAAAAAGCACCAAAAGACCUCCACCAUUUUCUGAGAGCGACAGAAUAUUUACCAACACAUUUUAUCUCUCAGUUUUCCACCUUAACUGCCAAUUUAACUAAAAUUCCUGACAAGUUUACUUCCCAGCGAAUCCUGGAAGCCUGGGUUUUACCUGCUGAAACCUCUGUCACCAUCUAAAUUAAUAGGCUGCCAGAUUCCACGUUUAACAUUUACAGAGAAGCUGAUGCAAACACAGGAGAUGCUGAUUUCUUUGUGGAGGGGGAGAUGAGGAGGAGGAGGACAUGACUUUUCUUGCAGUCUCGGUACUCUCUUUACAUCACUGGAGGACCGACGCCUUAUUAAGGAAGCCAGAAUUGUUGGUGCAGUGUAAAACGGCUUCCGUGAUCUUUUUGCUGCACCCUUAGAAACUUCACCAUCUUCAAACUCUGCAUUCAUGGUUCCGUUAAUUCUCAAGGAGCAGCAACUCGACCGGUUCUCCCAGGAGCAGGCAAAACCCCUGCAACAGAAACACCUCAGGCCUCAGAAGGAAGUGCUCUCUCAGAAGGGACUCUUGCAUGCUUAGAGUGUGCCUUCACACCCUGGUGCAAAUCUCAUGUACCCAAGGACUCUGGCUUUCUCACAACACCUUACCAUCAUCAUGCCAGUAAUGGCUUCCACAAAAAAGUUAAACCUGGUAACCAGAGACUGUUGGUGGCUCCAGGUAUGUUAGAUGUUUAUGAGGCGUGACUACCUUGCAGUCCCGUACCCAACUCUUAAGAGACUCUGAGUUAAUGUUAUCAACUUGUCCUGGUUCUUCGGAAGAAAGUUCAGGAGUGUUGUUAAUUGGCUGGAAGAGGAUCACCUUAAGUGUUGGAAGCAUCUCUCCAUGCGUCUGCCUCCAUAUACAUCUGGGCAUUUCAUCAUCAGUCCCCUCACUAGACUGUAGCAUUAGGAUGCUUAGAGAGGGGACAUGAAUUUAGCACCCAGACCCACACUCCUAUGCCUGCGAGGGUUAUCUUUGAAGAAGAGGACUUGGGGCACUGGACACUGUCUUGAAGAUAUGGACUUCUUUAGUGAACUUUAAAUCCAGAGGGUAGCCUGAUGGGUAACCUCACUUUAAAAGGAUCAGAGUUCACACAGUGAAAAAGGGUCCCCUCUAGAGGAUGGAGAUGAAAAGAAGCUGCCAAUGAAUGAAAGGCCUCAAAGCAACUCAAAUGACUCAAAGCAACAGACAACACAAGCGUUGUCUUCAGUCCAGAGAUGACCUCUAGUCUCCUGGAUGCUUUGUGCUAACCUGGGACUGCCUGACUUCUUUAGCCUGGUCUUUUGCUACUACCUUGAACUGUCUAAUCUCUCUCUUUCUGUUUAAUUCUUUACUGCUGCCAUUAUCCCUGCUGCAGGAUUUGUGUCAUCUUUCCUGCCUGGUUGCUGAGACUCCAUUUUGCUGCCACGCACGGAGGAGAAAGAGGCAGGCUUCAAGGGGCUUGUGUCUCAGUACACAACCUCCGAUUGCCAAAACACAGUUUGAGCAGUAGACAACAUGGUAUAGAUUUCAAAUUGCGUAUCAUGAAGAGGAGUCUAAUGGUGAAGUUUCAUUUUUCAUCCACAUCCCCUUUCACCCAUUCAUUAUCCCCCACCCUUAUUCUUGCAUGUUUAAAAUACUUAAAAGUUUUAGCUAUAGGUUACUAGUGUCUUUUAACAGUGUUUUAAAGUGCUGACUGCUUUCAGAAGUUAUUUCCAUUGAAUUACAAAGUACUAUCCCAUUCUUAUUGUUAAACUAAUUAAAAUUGAUACGUAACAUAGUAUAAAAUUUUUCUUAACUGUGAACUUCUCUUACAACACUGUGAAUGAGAGGCU